AUGACAGAAAAAUCCAAUGGUGUGAAGAGCUCCCCAGCCAAUAACCACAACCAUCAUGCACCCCCUGCCAUCAAAGCCAAUGGCAAAGAUGAGCACAGGACCAGUAGCAGGCCUCAGUCUGCAGCCGAAGAUGAUACUUCCUCAGAGCUGCAGAGGCUGGCAGCCUUGGAGACCCCGCGGCGGGGGAGGGGUGGCUUUCGGAGGAUUGUACGCUUGGUGGGAGUUAUAAGAGAAUGGGCCAACAAGAAUUUCCGUGAGGAGGAAUCUAGGCCUGACUCAUUCCUUGAGCGCUUCCGUGGGCCUGAACUCCAGACUGUGACGACACAGCAGGGAGAUGGCAAAGGCGACAAGGACAGCGAGGGAAAGGCCACCAAGAAGAAAUUUGAGCUAUUUGUCUUGGAUCCUGCUGGGGACUGGUACUACCGCUGGCUCUUUUUCAUCGCCAUGCCUGUUUUCUACAACUGGUGCCUGUUGGUGGCCAGAGCUUGCUUCAGUGACCUCCAGAGGGGCUACUUCCUCGUGUGGUUGGUGCUGGACUACUUCUCAGAUGUAGUCUACAUCGCAGACCUCUUCAUCCGAUUGCGCACAGGUUUCCUAGAGCAGGGACUUCUGGUAAAAGAUACCAAGAAACUGCGAGACAACUAUAUCUACACCCUGCAGUUCAAGUUGGAUGUGGCUUCGAUUAUCCCCACGGACCUGAUCUACUUCGCUGUAGGAGUCCACAGCCCUGAGGUGCGCUUCAAUCGUUUGCUGCACUUUCCCCGAAUGUUCGAGUUCUUUGACCGCACGGAGACACGUACCAGCUACCCCAACAUCUUCCGCAUCAGCAACCUGGUCCUGUAUAUCUUGGUCAUUAUCCACUGGAAUGCUUGCAUCUAUUAUGCCAUCUCCAAGUCCAUUGGCUUUGGGGUGGACACCUGGGUUUACCCCAACAUCACUGACCCGGAGUAUGGCUACCUCACUAGGGAGUACAUCUACUGCCUUUACUGGUCUACGCUGACCCUCACCACCAUUGGGGAGACUCCACCACCUGUAAAAGAUGAAGAGUACUUGUUUGUCAUCUUUGACUUCCUGAUCGGUGUCCUCAUCUUUGCCACCAUCGUGGGAAAUGUAGGCUCCAUGAUCUCCAACAUGAAUGCCACACGGGCUGAGUUCCAGGCCAAGAUUGACGCCAUCAAACACUACAUGCAGUUCCGCAAGGUUAGUAAGGAGAUGGAAGCCAAGGUCAUUAGGUGGUUUGACUAUCUGUGGACUAAUAAGAAGUCAGUGGAUGAGCGGGAAGUUCUCAAGAACCUGCCAGCCAAGCUCAGGGCAGAGAUAGCCAUCAAUGUCCACCUGUCCACACUCAAGAAAGUGCGAAUCUUCCAGGACUGUGAGGCUGGCCUGCUGGUGGAGCUGGUGCUGAAGCUUCGUCCUCAGGUCUUCAGCCCCGGGGAUUACAUUUGCCGCAAGGGGGACAUUGGCAAGGAGAUGUACAUAAUCAAAGAGGGCAAGUUGGCAGUGGUGGCUGAUGAUGGAGUGACUCAGUAUGCCCUCCUCUUAGCUGGGAGCUGCUUUGGAGAGAUCAGCAUCCUGAACAUUAAGGGCAGCAAAAUGGGCAAUCGGCGCACGGCCAAUAUCCGCAGCCUGGGCUACUCAGACCUCUUCUGCUUGUCCAAGGAUGACCUCAUGGAAGCGGUGACUGAGUACCCUGAUGCCAAGAAGGUCUUAGAAGAGAGGGGCCGGGAGAUCCUAAUGAAGGAAGGGCUGCUGGACGAGAGUGAGGUGGCUGCCAGCAUGGAGGUAGAUGUGCAGGAGAAGCUAGAGCAGCUGGAGACCAACAUGGAGACUUUGUACACCCGCUUUGCCCGCCUGCUGGCUGAGUACACGGGGGCGCAGCAAAAGCUCAAGCAGCGCAUCACGGUCCUGGAGACCAAGAUGAGACACAGUGAGGACGAUGACCUGGCAGACGGGUUGGACAGCCCGGAGCCAGGAGGCGAUGUGCAGCCAUAA